AUGAGAAAGCGAGAUUCCAAAUCUCGCCUUCUCAUCUUCACAUACCCGAGAAUUGGAGAAGACGAUAUUUGGAAUCUCGCCUUCUCAUCUUCACAUACCCGAGAAGUCGAGAAGACGAGAUUUGGAAUCUCGCUUUCUCAUCUUCACAUACCCGAGAAGUCGAGAAGAAGAGAUUUGGAAUCUCGCUUUCUCAUCUUCUCAUACCCGAGAAGUCGAGAAGAAGAGAUUUGGAAUCUUGCCUUCUCAUCUUCACAUACCCGAGAAGUCGGGAAGACGAGGUUUGGAAUCUCGCUUUAUCGCCUUCUCGUAUCCGAGAAUUUUCAUUGUAUUUUUUUUUUAUCUUCGCUUCAUUACGAAGGUGUAUGGGAGCAAGUUCACAUCGAAAGCAACUCUGAAGGGCAAGGAGGCGAGACUUUGUUUCGAGAUCCUGCUAUACUAACCAAUCAAGUAAUAACUUUCGACACACGUGGGCUAUCGGAUCUGGGUACUACCAAAGUUUCAGAUGUGAUGGAUGAAAUCACUGGAAAGCGAGGAAUCAAUCCUCGUUCUUGGACGACUGGAGAAAGAAUAGACUGUCCUAUCUUUAUCCUGAAAUACAACUCUGAUACUGGAAUAGACCAUUUCCGUGACUUUCUAUCGUCACUUGUACCCCAAAUCAGGCAAGAGUUCGGCUCGUAUCCGAUCAUGGUUGUGACCUUCGCAAAGAGCAUCUUGAACCAGGAUGAGAUCAUUGGCGAAAUCACCAGAGCUGGUAUGGAGAAGAACGGAGUAUUCUUCACUGAAAACUACACAGCUUCGAACCACGAGAUGGAUUCUAAGAAACACAUUGCUCUUCUCAAGAUCCUUGAAGCCUGUAUCAAGCGAGCCGAUGAUAACAUCACGUUCCGCUGGCGAAAAGACAACGAACCCAAGCCUAAAUCAACCCUCUCCCAACAAGUCGAGAGCACUUUUGUAUAA